AUGUUCGUACAAGGUCCGCAGAUCAUCAAAGAUAGAUCGAAUAAUUCCGAAGACGAUAGUGAUGAGGAAGGUCCUGAAGACGCUCUCCAGAAACGACGGGAAGAAUGCGAGAGAAAAGCCAGACGGGGAGAGAUGGACCCCCGUUUGGAAUUCGCUUUUCAACUCUUGAUGGACGCGACGCAGUUAUCGCGUCACGAAGUCAUGGAUCAUGUUUUCGAAGAUGACAUGUUGGACGAAAUCAAUCAGUUGUUUGUACCGCACAUGAGAUCUACUCUCGUCUGGUACUAUCAAGAGGUUGAAGAGCCAGAGCCUCCGACUGAUACGGUGCAGCCGAAGACUGUAACUUCUAGAUCAGCACCGAAUGCGACAGCAUCAAAGGUGAAGGAACAAAAGGAGUCAAAGGAGCCACCGAAAAAGAAGCUUUUUCUAACCGAUGGCUGGCAAGUGCCUUGCACAGGCAUCUGUAUUUAUAUGUUCAGAAUCAGUGUGUCUAAACAAUUACCAGAAGAAGGAUUUCAAAAAGACCUUUACACGGGUGUAAUAGAUACGAUGAAAAUAGGAAUAAUAACUUCUGUUCAGCGAAUUGUGGAGCAGGUGUUCAUGGAUGCGUUAGCGCAUCCUGGUGCGGAAGGUGAAGACGAUUGUUCGAUGAUUAAAAGUCUCCUGUUACCAGGCUUAAGAUCUUUUUGCAGCGCUCUUAAAGUUUGCGAAAAGGUAGCGCUCGAUGGUGGUAUAUUCAGCGACGGCGAGCCAAUGAUGAUGGAAGUGCACAAUUUUGAAGAAGCAAAAGCUUUUAUAGCGAAAGAGAAUGCUGUGGAACGAAUUGAGGAAAGGGUGAAACUCUGGAUAAAAAAGCUCAAGGAUUUUAUGGCGGAAAGUAAACAAGUUAAAAGAGAGAAUGAUAUCUCUGGACCGCAGCAAGAACUCGAGUAUUGGAAACGGCGGGGUGCACAAUUUAGUCAACUAGUCAACCGUUUACAGGAUCAUGAAAUCACUAUGUCACUUCUAUGUCUGCAAGUCGCGCGUUCAAAGUUAAUUAAAGAUUGGGUCGACGCAGAAGAUGAAGUGACUUACUGUUACAAUGAAGCGAAAGAUAACGCGAAGUUCAUCCAAGCAUUAGAAAAAUGUUGUCAUUGUCUUUAUCUCGAUGAUCCUGUGAAAAUGCGGGAUUCGCUUGUAUCACUAUUACAGACUGUCCGAUUGAUAUAUAGUGUCUCGAGGUAUUAUAAUACUUCAGAAAGGACGAGUUCGCUAAUGAUUAAAAUUACGAAUCAAAUGAUUGUUGCCUGUCGAGAUUACGUCACGAAAAGAGGUCGAGAAAUUAUUUGGGGUCAAGAUCGAAUAGCCGUUCGGUCGAGAUUGAAACACUGUUUACGUCUAAACAAAGCUUAUAGAGAAACGUACAGACUAGUUCGAUGUUCACCAGCAGUUACGGAACAAGAAUUUUCCUUCUCGGAAACUCACGUUUUUGGGCGAUUUGAUGCUUUCUGUGCUAGAAUCCGCAAGAUUCUCACCAUGUUUGAUCUCAUACAAGAUUAUCAAACUCUCUUUGAAAGACGAAUGGAAGGAUUGCUUCUCGGAGAAGCAUUAGAUGAAGCCAUGAAAACCUUCGAAGAAGCUAAGAAGAUUGCGACUAGCAAAUCUUACGAUUAUCUCGAUCCAAGAAACACCGACUUCGAUAUCGAUUAUGACGACUUUAUGGCAAAGACAAAUACCUUGAAAGAAAAUAUCGGAGAGAUUAUUGAAAAAAAUUACGCUGAUGUAUGGGAAACACCACAGGGUAUACGAUUUUUAACGCGAUUCGAAAAGGUCAGCGAAAAAAUACCGCUUACAAAAUUGGAGGAAAAAUAUAACGUUGUCGUGAAAUAUUGCGAUAGGGAGAUUGAUCGAAUUUUAAAACUAUUCAAACGGCAAAGAGACGAUCCUCCGUUGCCGAGACAUAUGCCACCUAUAGCUGGACGAUUGACUUGGGCAAAUUCUCUAAAAGUACAUUUGGAUGAAUUGACGGCAUCCGUGUCAAAUCAUCCUGUGUUAAAAAUAUUACCAUUGACUGCCGACUUGGUGAAAAGAUAUAAUCACGCAAUUGCUAUUUUGAAACAAUAUCAAACCGAUAUUGCUGAGAUUUGGACGCAUCAAAAUUCCUGGGUCAUCGAGGAUUGUUUAAAACGACCGCUGCUUAUUGUCGACGAGAAAUCGGCGAAAGUGAAAGUCAACCUGGAAAACCGAGUCGUUCUUUUAUUUCGUGAAGCCGAUUGUUUAGCAAAAAUAAAUUUGGAAAUUCCAAUUGUUGCGCUAACAAUAUUAGCGAAAAGAGAUUAUUUUACUCUGGUCACGGAUUCUCUCCAGCUUAUGAUCGAAGAAUUCGUUUGUACCGCAAAGCGUGUAAAAUUGGAAGUGCGCCCAUUAUUGUUACCGCAUUUAGUUUGCGUUGCAUCUUUAUUAGAACCCGGUUUAACGACCUUGACAUGGACCAAGCCAGAUUGGAAGGAUUUUUGUCAGAAUACGAAAGAGCAGAUCAAAACUUUCGAUAUCCUUAUCACAAGAGUUCACGACGUAUAUGAUAAUAGAAUUUUGGAAGUAUUGACCAGUAUGCAGAAAGUAACUUUACAUGCUCUGCCCGAGUCCGAUCAACCGUGGACAAUAGAGGAAUUUGUAGAAAAGAACGAGGAAAUAUGUCGGAUGGCAGCAGUAGAUUUGCAUCGUAAAAGCACAAUGGUCGAGGAAGCGGUGGAGGAAGUAUUGCAGCUUGUCAGAAAAGCUACAGAUAGUUUCAAAAGUACCAAUUCCAACCAAUUUGAUUUUCUUACUACUGAAGGAUUAGAAGGCGAGAAGGCAACAGAACAAACAGGUCAGCAAGAUUGGUCUGCGGUAUGGAAUUGUUUCGAUGACCCUCAUCAAUUACUAACGACACCCGGUACUUUACCCAAAACCAUGCAAGAUAUGGUUCGAAACGCGGUAUCUGAGAUGAGACGGUAUUAUUCUAGAAAAGUCGUGGACGUGUUAAUAAAGAUCACCAAAGUAUCUCUAGAUGCGAUUAGAAAACGAUUUAUUCGGGAACUUGAUUCAGAAGCAACUCCGAAUCCAGUGUUUUUAUUACACGCAACCCUGAUGAUUCCGGCAGUAACAGUCAAGCCAAGCCUGGAUGACGUUCAAGAGGCAUUGAUAUCAGUUGGAAAAAUUAUCACGGGUGUCGCGAAAGGAGUGGCGCAAUGGAAUUCCAGAGGUAGCAAGAGCAUGUGGAAAAAUCUCCCUUAUCCAUCCAAACGAAAUCUGGCCGAUGUCGUGUUGCGGGCGCAGAGUAAUGUCACGAAGCAGAAGCAGGAAGAACCAGAAGAUUUGAAAACCAGAAGACGAAGACUUUACAAAAUUCUUUCUGAAGAGAGACCCGUAUUUCCAGUCCAAGAGAGAAACUUCUACACGAUGGUUAUGGACAAUAAGGAAAUUAUCAAACUUCUCAGCAUGUUGAGCACUUGCACAAUGGAAUUGCGGCAAGAUUUAACAGAAUUUCUCGAUCGUUGGAAGCCUUAUAAGUUUCUGUGGAAAAACGAGCGCAAUAUGCGAGAAUUACUACAAAUCUCUUUGUCAGAAUUUGAAACUACUCUCCGCAAACACAGCGAACUCGAAGAUCGACUGGCAACCGAGCCAGAUAUGAUCAUAUUCGGCACAUCGAUCGCUGUAUCAACGGAAAAACUGAAGUAUGGUGUCUAUACGGAAAUCAAAGGUUGCACGCAUAAAAUUGGUCAAGCAAUGAAAAAGAAGUAUCGUCGCGAAAUGGAAUAUGUUUAUGCGCUAAUAAACGAAAUGGAUCGUAAAUUAGACCAUCAAAUUCGCGAUCUGGAUGACGUACGUCUCAUUAUGGACACUCUGAAGAAAAUUCGCGAGCAGGAGGUCGACAUGGAGCUCAAGAUUGAUCCUAUCGAAGAGGCUUUCAACAUAGUCACGAGAUACGAGGUGCCUGUGGACCAGGAAUGCUUGGAGCAGGUUGAUAAUUUGCGAGACACCUGGCAGAAUCUGUUGGCACGAGCGCAAGAGAAUCACGUGUUGCUACUGAAUUUGCAACCGCAAUUCGAGAACGAUCUAAGGAACAAUCUCGAGAAAUUCCGUGCCGAUAACGAAAUGUACUGCGAAGAAUACAGAUCAUCCGGACCGAUGCAGCCAGGCUUGAGUCCCCGUGACGCUUCGGACAGGCAAAUACUGUUUCAGAAUAGAUUUGACGGAAUGUGGCGCAAGUUGCAGACCUACCAAAGCGGCGAAGAGCUUUUCGGUUUGCCUAUCACAGAUUACCCAGAGCUGUCGCAAAUCAGGAAGGAAUUGAAUUUAUUGCAGAAGUUGUAUAAACUUUACAACGACGUCAUCGACAGAGUCAGCAGCUAUUAUGAUAUUCCAUGGGGCGAGGUUAAUAUCGAAGAAAUAAACAAUGAGCUAAUGGAGUUUCAAAAUCGCUGUCGCAAAUUGCCAAAAGGGUUGAAGGAAUGGCCGGCGUUCUUUGCACUUAAGAAGACAAUCGACGACUUUAACGAUAUGUGUCCUCUUCUCGAGCUGAUGGCGAACAAAGCAAUGAAACCGCGCCACUGGCAGAGAAUCGUAGAAGUCACGGGAUAUUCGUUCGAUCUUGAGAGCGAGGGUUUCUGUCUUAAAAACAUCCUUGAAGCACCGCUUCUGAAAAACAAAGAGGACAUCGAAGACAUUUGUAUAUCGGCUAUGAAGGAGAAAGAUAUCGAAGCUAAAUUAAGGACAGUGGUAAACGAAUGGUCAUCUCACGAGUUGACUUUCAUGACAUUUAACAACAGGGGAGAAUUGUUGCUCAGAGGAGAUACAACAGCGGAAACUAUCAGUCAGUUGGAAGACAGCUUGAUGGUUCUCGGCUCACUCAUGUCAAAUCGCUAUAAUGCGCCUUUCAGAAAACAAAUACAACAGUGGCUUACUGAUUUAUCUAAUACGAACGAGAUCCUCGAGAGAUGGUUGCUCGUGCAAAACAUGUGGGUCUAUCUCGAGGCGGUGUUUGUGGGCGGCGAUAUUGCGAAACAACUGCCAAAGGAGGCUAAAAGAUUCAGCAAGAUCGACAAAAGUUGGCAGAAGAUCAUGCAACGUGCUCAUGAAACACCAGGAGUUGUACCUUGUUGCGUGGGCGAUGACUUGUUGAAACAGCUUCUGCCACACUUGCAGGAGCAAUUGGAGCUAUGUCAAAAAUCUCUGAGUGGAUAUUUGGAGAAGAAGCGCAUGAUGUUUCCGAGGUUCUUCUUUGUUUCUGAUCCCGCACUUUUGGAGAUACUUGGUCAAGCGUCCGAUUCUCAUACCAUACAAAAUCACUUACUCUCUAUUUUCGAUAACACACGCUACGUGAAAUUUCAUGAUAUCGAAUACAAUAAAAUGACAGCCAUCGUUUCAUCAGAAGGUGAAACUAUACAGCUGGAGAGAGCAGUAAGAGCAGAGGGUUCCGUGGAAACGUGGUUGAUGCAAUUACUACAAACAUCGCAACUCUCUUUGCAUUCUAUCAUCCGACAAUGCUACACCACGAUCAAUGACGCAAAUUUCAAUUUUUUGACUUUUCUCGACAAAAUGCCUGCUCAAAUAGGUUUGUUAGGCAUUCAAAUGAUUUGGACGCGAGAUGGCGAAUUGGCCUUGGCUCAAGCUCGCGCCGAUAAAAAAAUUAUGAUCGAAACGAACAACAAAUUCCUUGAUCUUUUAAAUACUUUAAUCGAUCAAACCACGAGAGAUCUUACUAAAAUAGAACGGAUUAAGUUCGAAACAUUGAUUACUAUACAUGUGCAUCAACGUGAUAUCUUCGACAUCUUGUGUCGUCUGAAUGUACGAUCCGUGAAUGAUUUUGAAUGGUUGAAACAGUGCAGGUUUUAUUUUAAAGAAGAUCUAGACAAGACUUCUAUAUGCAUCACGGAUGUUCUAUUUACCUACCAAAAUGAAUACUUGGGAUGUACUGAGCGACUGGUUAUUACGCCAUUAACCGAUAGAUGUUACAUAACAUUAGCGCAAGCUCUAUCAAUGUCAAUGGGAGGGUCUCCUUGCGGUCCGGCAGGAACCGGAAAAACCGAAACUGUAAAAGACAUGGGGAAGACCUUAGCAAAGUACGUCGUAGUCUUCAAUUGCUCCGAUCAAAUGGAUUAUCGAGGAUUAGGCCGCAUCUACAAAGGAUUGGCACAAAGCGGCUCGUGGGGUUGUUUCGAUGAAUUCAAUAGAAUCGAAUUGCCAGUUCUAUCCGUUGCCGCGCAGCAAGUCGCCGUAGUGCUUGCAGCAAAAAAGGAAAAGAAGAAGCAGUUUGUCUUCACGGAUGGGGAUCAAGUCGAUAUGUGCCCAGAGCUUGGAAUAUUCAUUACUAUGAAUCCUGGGUAUGCGGGACGAAAAGAAUUGCCGGAGAACUUGAAGAUACAGUUUCGCACAGUAGCUAUGAUGGUGCCUGAUCGUCAGAUUAUCAUACGUGUAAAAUUAGCUAGUUGUGGAUUUCUAGAGAACAUUACUCUUGCUCGUAAAUUUUAUACUCUUUAUAAAUUGUGUGAAGAGCAGUUGACCAAACAGGUUCACUACGAUUUCGGCCUGCGAAAUAUAUUGUCCGUAUUAAGGACCUUAGGAGCGUCCAAGAGAGUCAAUUCCAAGGACACGGAAAGCACGAUCGUCAUGCGCGUUCUAAGAGACAUGAAUCUGUCGAAACUCAUAGAUGAGGACGAACCACUCUUUAUAUCUCUCGUAGCUGAUUUGUUUCCCAACCAAGUCCUAGAGAAAACAUCGUAUCCUGAAUUGGAAGCAGCUAUUAAUGAACAAGUGGAGCAGGCUGGACUGGUUUAUCAUUCGCCGUGGGUGCUUAAAUUAAUACAGCUAUAUGAAACGCAAAGAGUGAGGCAUGGCAUCAUGACGCUAGGUCCGACCGGCGCUGGCAAAACUACUUGUAUACAUAUUUUGAUGAAAGCGUUGACGCAAUGUGGCGAUUCACAUAGGGAAAUGAGAAUGAAUCCUAAAAGUAUAACAGCCGCUCAAAUGUUCGGCCGGUUAGAUGUUGCCACAAAUGAUUGGACAGAUGGAAUUUUCUCAGCUUUAUGGCGUAAAACGUUGAAGUUAAAGAAAGGCGAACACGUAUGGCUAGUGCUCGACGGUCCCGUUGACAGCAUUUGGAUAGAAAAUUUAAAUUCUGUAUUGGAUGAUAAUAAAACUUUGACUCUGGCUAAUGGCGAUAGAUUGUCAAUGGCGCCAACGUGUAAAAUUAUUUUCGAGCCGCACAAUAUUGAUAAUGCAAGUCCUGCGACUGUUUCGCGAAACGGAAUGGUAUACAUGAGCUCUUCAGGAUUAGACUGGAAUCCAGUUGUUACCGCUUGGGUGAAAUCACGAUCGUCAUUGCAGCAAGAAGUUCUCGAGCAAUUAUUUACAGAUUCUUUCGCACAGAUAUAUUCAUGGAGCACUCAAACGUUGGUACUCGCUAUCGAUGUCUUACAAUGUAACAUAGUAAGACAAAUGCUUUGCCUGCUGGAAGGUCUGAUACCUCCCGAAAUAUCAUUGGAAGAAACCGAAGAUGAAGAUAUGGAAAAAGACAAACCCAUUCCCAUAACGGCGGAAUAUCUAACACGUCUCUACGUGUUCGCGUUAGUGUGGGGCAUAGGAGCAUUGCUAGAGACUGCCGACAGACAAAAGUACGACAAGUAUCUUCGAGAAAACUUCGAUACCUUGGACCUUCCAACUUCCGACAGGUAUUUGGACGCUACAGUAUUUGAUUUCUUCGUCACCGAUAAAGGUAUAUGGGAUACGUGGACAAGUAUGGUAACCAAUUAUGUCUAUCCUGAAUACUCGACGCCUGACUACAGUAAUGUUUUGGUGCCUAUACCGGACAAUGUAAGGAUUCAACAUUUAAUCGAUUUGAUUGGCCGUCAGGAUAAAGCUGUAUUGCUAAUAGGCGAGCAAGGAUCUGCGAAAACUGUCAUGAUGAAAUCAUAUAUGAAAAAAUCAAAUCCAGAUACAACUUUGAGUCGCUCUUUCAACUUUAGCUCUGCGACCAGUCCGUAUCAAUUCCAAAAAACCAUUGAGAGUUACGUGGAAAAGCGGUUAGGAAGUACAUUCGGACCGCCAGGCGGUAAAAAGAUGUUAAUCUUUAUCGAUGACGUAAAUUUGCCGCAAAUUAAUGAAUGGGGUGAUCAGGUAACCAACGAGAUAGUCCGACAGACUAUGGACAUGAAGGGAUUUUAUUCCCUGGAGAAACCCGGUGACUUCACCGCCAUUGUGGAUGUAACUUUCCUAGCAGCCAUGUGCCAGCCCGGAGGCGGGAGAAACGAUAUUCCUUCGAGACUCAAGAGACAAUUUUGUAUUUUUAAUUGUACCUUACCUGACAACGCGUCAAUCGAUCGAAUCUUUAGCGUUUUAGGUGAAGGCCAUUACAACAUUAAAAGAGGAUUCUCGCAAGAAGUCCGUCAGCUCGUUAAGAAAAUGAUUCCUUUGACUAGAAUACUGUGGGAAAGAACACGGGCAAAGCUGUUGCCAACGCCUGCAAAGUUUCAUUAUGUAUUUAGCCUCCGAGAUCUCUCGAGAAUCUGGCAAGGUAUGGUUGGUACGUUGUCGACAGUCAUUGACAAAGAAAGCGUACUGAUGCUGCUCUGGAAGCACGAGUGUACACGAGUGUUCAGCGACAGGCUAACGAUACAAAGCGACAAAGAUUGGUUUGAUGAAGGACUAAUUAGCACCGUAGCUGAUAUUUUAGGAGAAAAAUACGUAAACAUGCUGGACCAAGAUCCUACAUUCGUCGAUUUCAUGAGAGAUGCUCCAGAACCAACCGGUGAAGAAGGUGAAGACGCAGACGUAGAACUUCCCAAAGUAUACGAACCUGUUUACGAUCCUCAAGUGUUAAGAGAGAGAUUAGACAUGUUUCUGGCGCAGUUCAACGAAAUGCAGAGAGGUGCUGGAAUGGAUUUAGUAUUUUUCCCUGACGCUAUGCUGCACUUGGUGAAAAUAUCUCGAGUCAUUAGACAUCCGAAAGGCAAUGUGAUGCUAGUAGGGGUCGGUGGUUCUGGCAAACAGAGUCUUACAAAGUUAUCCUCUUUUAUUGCUGGAUACAAAACGUUUCAAAUCACCUUGACUAGGUCUUACAACGUAGCCAAUUUCUUGGAAGACCUAAGAUUUCUAUAUCGCACUUGCGGCGCUCAGGGCAAAGGCACAACGUUUAUUUUUACCGAUCUCGACAUCAAAGAGGAGGGCUUCCUCGAAUAUCUAAACAAUAUCCUGAGUUCUGGAGUUAUCAGCAACUUAUUUACUCGUGACGAGCAAGCGGAAAUUAUCUCAGAGUUAACACCUAUUUUGAGACGGGAAAAUCCUAAAAGAACUCUUAAUAAUGAACUGGUGAUGGAUUUCUUUUUGCAAAGAACUUGUCAAAAUUUACAUGUCGUUUUCUGCUUCUCUCCCGUGGGUGAAAAAUUCCGGAAUCGCGCCCAGCGUUUCCCGGCACUCAUUUCAGGUUGCACUAUAGACUGGUUCCAACCUUGGCCUAAAGAUGCUCUGGUUUUGGUUGCCCAUCAUUUUCUUCAUGAUUUUGAAAUCGCUUGCACUAGCGACGUAAAAGCUGAACUAGUGAAUGCAUUAGGAUCUAUACAAGACAUCGUUUCGGAAACGUCGGUCGAAUAUUUCCAAAGAUUUCGACGCGCCACUCACGUGACUCCAAAGUCUUAUUUAAAUUUCAUCGGUGGAUACAAAAACAUCUAUCGAUCUAAGCAACAUGAACUUGGUGAAGGAGCUAAAAGAAUGGAUACAGGUUUAGCGAAACUCGAAGAAGCAUCAAUAUCAGUUGAGAUUCUAAAGAGAGAUUUAGCCGUAAUGGAACAGGAACUAGUACAAGCUUCUGAGAAAGCCGAGACGGUGCUUUUAGAAGUAACAGAGAGAGCUAUGCAAGCUGAAGCUUUUAAGAAUCAAGUGCAAAGAGUGAAGGAAAAAGCGGAGCAAUUGGUAGCUUAUAUAGCUGAUGAAAAAGCGCUGGCCGAACAAAAGCUAGAAGCAGCGAAACCAGCGUUAGAAGAGGCGGAAGCUGCUCUGAACACCAUCAAACCUGCUCACAUAGCAACAGUGAGAAAGUUAGGUAGACCACCUCAUCUUAUAAUGAGAAUUAUGGAUUGCGUACUGAUCUUGUUCCAACGUAAAAUCGGAUCCGUUGUACCUGACACGGCUGCGCCGUGCCCUAAACCUUCGUGGGCAGAAUCCUUGAAACUCAUGGCCAGUACGACGUUUUUAUUACAACUGCAAAAUUAUCCAAAAGACAUAAUCAAUAACGAGAUGGUUGAGCUACUGCAACCGUACUUCAAAAUGGAAGAUUAUAAUAUGGAAACAGCCAGGCGUGUAUGCGGCGACGUUGCUGGUUUGUUAUCGUGGACCAAGGCUAUGGCAUUCUUCCAUUCUGUCAACAAAGAAGUUCUUCCUUUAAAAGCUAACUUAGCAUUGCAAGAAGCACGAUUGAAGCUCGCAAUGGAGGAUCUGGCAAGCGCUGAGCGGGAAUUGUCCGAGAGAGAAAUGGCUUUGCAGACAGUCAAAGAGCAAUACGAUACCGCGGUAGCGGAGAAGCAAAGGUUGACGGAAGCGGCAAACGUGUGCCUGAGAAAAAUGACAGCUGCGACUGCUUUGAUAAAUGGAUUAGGCGGCGAAAAGAUUCGUUGGACCGAGCAAAGUGGAGAAUUUAAAAUUCAACUGGGACGAUUGGUCGGAGAUGUUUUGUUGGCAACUGGAUUUUUGUCGUAUUGUGGACCUUAUAAUCAACAGUAUCGUGCCAGCUUGGUGACUGCAUGGAUGAAUAUACUGACCACCAAAUCUAUACCUUUCACUAAGAAUUUGAAUAUAACGAAUAUGCUUGUCGACACAGCAACAACGUCGGAAUGGACUCUUCAAGGAUUGCCGAACGACGAAUUGUCCGUCCAAAAUGCACUUAUUGUCACGAAAUCUUCGUCUUAUCCACUUCUUGUGGAUCCUCAAAAUCAAGGAAAGAUGUGGAUCAAGAAUAAGGAGAGCACAAACGAGUUGCAGAUUACUUCACUAAAUCAUAAGUAUUUCCGAACUCAUCUUGAAGACAGUCUUUCGUUGGGUAGACCACUGCUGAUCGAAGACGUUGCAGAAGAACUCGAUCCAGUACUCGAUAAUGUACUUGAAAAGAACUUCAUUAAAUCAGGAUCUAUUGAGAAGGUCAUCGUUGGGGAUAAAGAAUGCGAUGUAAUGCCAGGAUUUAUGUUAUAUAUCACCACCAAACUACCAAAUCCAGCAUACAGCCCAGAAAUAUCCGCGAAGACAUCGAUUAUUGACUUUACCGUGACAAUGCUGGGUUUAGAAGAUCAGUUGUUAGGUCGAGUAAUACUUAUGGAGAAGGCCGAUUUAGAAGCGGAAAGAGUCGCUCUAUUCGAAUCAGUCAUGACCAAUCAACGUUCCAUGAAGGAACUUGAAAGUACGCUAUUACACAGACUUACAUCUUCGGAAGGUUCUUUGGUGGACGACGAGGCGUUAAUAACUGUUCUUCGAGAAACUAAAACUACGGCCGAAUCGGUGAAUGAAAAACUGCAAGUGUCCGCUCUUACUGAGAAAAAAAUCACCUUGGCGCGCGAAGAGUUCCGCGCGGUUGCGUCAAGAGGAUCCAUUUUGUAUUUCUUGAUAGUCGAAAUGAGCAAUGUCAAUGUAAUGUAUCAAAAUUCAUUGAGACAAUUCUUGACAAUCUUUGAUAAUUCAAUUACGAAAUCUACGAAGAGUCCAGUAACUUUGGAGCGAAUAAACAUUAUCCUACGCCAUCUCACGUAUGAAGUUUGGGCGUUUACACUGAGAAGUCUCUACGAAAGGCAUAAAUCUUUAUUUACAUUGAUGCUAGGUAUGAAGAUAGAUUGUCAUAGAAACGCCAUUUCCCAUGCAGAAUUCAAUGCCUUCAUAAAAGGUGGGGCAUCCUUGGAUCUCAAUGCAGUAACACCAAAACCGUUCAGAUGGAUACUCGAUAUAACGUGGCUAAAUUUAGUCGAGAUAAGUAAACUGAAAGUAUUCUCGGAUAUACUGACAAAAAUUGAAUUCAGUGAGAAGGAAUGGAGAGUAUGGUACGAAAAAGAGAAGCCGGAGGAGGAAGAUUUGCCUUGCGGCUAUCAAAAAAGUCUUGAUGUAUUCCGGAAAUUAUUGCUCAUCAGAUCGUGGAGUCCCGACAGAACUUUGUCCCAGGCGAGAAAGUAUAUCACUGAAUCGUUGGGUAAAGAAUACGGGGAGGCCAAAAUAUUAGAUUUAGAAGCAACGUGGUUGGAGUCUGAAACUAGGACGCCACUGAUAUGCUUAUUAUCUAUAGGAUCUGACCCAAGUCCUCAAAUUACAGUGCUAGCUAAACAAAAAACGAUUCCAUUAAAUUCAGUAUCUAUGGGGCAAGGCCAAGAGCUUCAUGCUCGAAGAAUGAUUAGCGAAGCUAUGAGUACAGGCGGCUGGGUGCUGUUACAAAAUAUUCAUUUAUCUUUGCCUUUCUGUACGGAAAUAAUGGAUGCUCUGGUUGAAACAGAAACUGUUCAUGAAGUGUUCAGAUUAUGGAUGACAACUGAAGUACACCCUCAAUUUCCCAUCGGUUUACUACAGAUAGCAAUCAAAUUCACGAAUGAACCACCUCAAGGCAUAAGAGCUAGUUUAAAGAGAACGUAUCAAGCGGUAACUCAGGACGCAUUGGAUUACAGUACUCAAUCGCAGUGGCCACCUUUGUUAUAUGCUGUUGCAUUUUUACACACUGUAGUACAAGAGAGAAGAAAAUUUGGACCGCUCGGUUGGAAUAUACCUUACGAAUUUAAUCAAGCAGAUUUUGCAGCAUCGGUUCAAUUCAUACAGAAUCACUUGGAUGAUAUGGAUCCUAAAAAGGGUGUUUCUUGGCCGACAAUAUGUUAUAUGCUUGGAGAGGUUCAAUAUGGCGGUAGAGUUACGGAUGAUUUUGACAAGCGUUUAUUAACUACUUUCACGCAUGUCUGGUUUUGUGACGUAUUGUUACGACCCGGCUUUGAAUUUUAUCGGGGAUAUAGAGUGCCCCAGACGAGAAAUCUUCAGGGAUAUCUGGAUUACAUCGAUAGUUUACCUGCUACCGACACACCGGAAGUCUUCGGGCUACAUCCUAACGCCGACAUUACCUAUCAAAUCAAUACAGCGAAAGGAAUACUCGAUACAAUUCUUAAUGUACAGCCAAAAGAGGGUGGUGCACAGGGAGGUGAAACUCGAGAGAACGUCGUGUAUAAAUUAGCCAACGAUAUGCUAUCUAAAUUACCCAAGCAGUACAAUUCUUUUGAAGUGAAAGAAGCACUUCAAAGAAUGGGUCCAUUGUUGCCGAUGAACAUUUUUCUAAGACAAGAAAUAGAUCGAAUUUCGCGAGUCAUCAAGGAAGUACAAAGUACUUUAACAGAUUUGAAGCUAGCUAUCGAAGGUACUAUAAUAAUGAGUCAAGGUUUGCGGAAAUCAUUGGAUGCGAUGUAUGAUGCACGCAUACCGGACAAGUGGUUGAAAAUAUCUUGGGAAUCGGCAACCUUAGGUUUCUGGUAUACGGAACUUUUAGAAAGAGAUCAUCAGUUCAGACAAUGGUGCAUUCAUGGCCGUCCAAGAGUAUUUUGGAUGACUGGAUUUUUUAAUCCACAAGGAUUCUUAACGGCAAUGAGGCAGGAAGUGACCAGAGCGCAUAAGGGUUGGGCUUUAGAUUCCGUAGUUUUGCAAAACGUAAUUACACGCUACAAUAAAGAAGACAUUAAAAGUCAGCCUCAGGAAGGAGUUUACGUCCACGGUUUGUUUCUGGAAGGUGCAUCACUUGAUCGAAAAGCCGGUAAACUUGUCGAGAGUAGGCCGAAAGUUCUUUAUGAACAAAUGCCGGUUAUUUAUAUUUUCGCAAUUAACACAACCGCCGGUAAAGAUCCAAAAUUAUAUGAGUGCCCUAUAUAUAGAAAACCUCAAAGAACAGACGCGAAAUAUGUAGGUUCUAUUGAUUUUGAAACGGAUUACAAUCCCCGGCAUUGGACACUUAGAGGUGUAGCCUUGUUAUGUGAUAUUAAAUAAAGAAUUAGAUAAAGUACAAAAUAAAAUUGAAGAAGCAAUUUAAAUAACUUAAAAUUAUAUUCGAAUUAUGUCUUGUACCUAAAUUUGUUGUAUUAUUUUUUUCCCGCAUUGAGGUAUUAAGCAAUAAA